GGACCCCCCCUCCCAUUUCUUCUAAAGUACAUCCGUUAUAUAUGACACCUUUCCAUCGGCUCUUUGUGAGAGUGGAAAUGGUUAACCGGAUGGUAACGUCCGGUAACGUCGGUAACUACAGACGCCACGGUAGCCCGUCCGUUCACAGUACACACACAGGCGUUACUGGUCCUGUAGGUGUGCUGUGUAGCUAUAAAUGAUCUGAUGGGAGCUGCAUCGCCACGAUACUUUUAGUUUGGAUCGCUAAUUGGUUAUUAGAGACUCGUAUAAUCACCCACAACACGUCUGCAGUAUGAAGCUAACACGGAAGUUGGUCCUGGCCAAAGCCAAGGCCUCGGAUCUGGACAGUGUGAAGAAACUCAACUGCUGGGGCUGCAACUUGACAGACAUCUCCAUAUUUACCCAGAUACCCCACAUCGAGGUCCUGACUCUCAGUGUGAACUCCAUCUUGUCCCUGUCAUCUCUGUCGGGCUGUGUGUGUCUGAGUGAGUUGUACCUCAGACGGAACCUCAUCCCUUCUCUCUCAGAGCUCUCCCAUCUCCGCCCCCUCACACGCCUACGAGUGCUCUGGUUGGCUGAGAACCCCUGCUGCGGAACAGUCCCCAGCCAAUACCGUCUCAACGUGCUGCGAUGCCUGCCACGCCUACACAAACUGGACAACCAGGUGGUGACAGAGGAGGAGCUUGUUUUCGCUCUAAACGAGGGAGAGGAGAUAACACCCCCUGCCGCCACCCAGAAGCAGUUCUCAACCAGUGGCCAGCCAGAGAACGUCAGCUCCACCAAUGGACAGACAGAGGCGGAAUCAGAGAACGACCCCCUAAACUACAGUAUGGAGGAGACCAAUAAGAUCCGGGAACAGUUGGGGAUGAAGCCUAUUCCUCGAGACAAGUUCUCCUCCCCAUCACCUCGACCUGCAGCUAGGAAGUCCCACACUCUGGAGGCGGUGCUUAUGCUGUUGAAAGAUCUGGAGGAGGAGGAGCUACGCAUCGUUCACACGGCAACCCAGAACAGACAGCUUCGAUCACACACACACCCCAAGCUCACACACACACUGCAGGGAGAUGGAACCAUCGACACACACACACCGCAGGGAGAUAGAACCAUCGACACACACACACUGACAAACUCCAGAGAGAGAACGACCGACAUCGAGCACUGACACACACUCCCAUUGACUUUAAACACUAACGCAACCACCCAACACUGAGGUAGACACACAAGUCAUGUUUAUGCUCCGUGACCAGAGGGAGAGGUAAGGGUUCACAUGAUCCCCUAGGUACAGAUCUAGGAUCAACUUCCCCUCCCCCAAUCCUAACCUUCACCAUUAGUGGGGGGAAAUGCAAAACGGACCCAAGAUCAGCGUUUAGGGACUUUACCCUACUCCGGGCUCACACACCCACCAAACCUUGGUACACACACACUUCAGUAUUGUCAGAGCUACCAAUUCACUAGCAGCGCUAUCAAUUCACGAGCAGCGCGUCGCUAUCAAUUCACUAGCAGCAUGUCGCUAUCAAUGCUAAAUUACUUAAAUGUAAAUGUAAUUCCCGAGCAGCGCGUCGCUAUCAAUUCACAAGCAGCAUGUUGCUAUCAAUACCCUAGCAGCACGUCGCUAUCAAUUCACAAGCAGCAUGUUGCUAUCAAUUCCCUAGCAGCGCAUCGCUAUCUAUUUCCUAGCAGCGCGUCGCUAUCUGCCUUUCCUUAAUCAGUGAAUGAGUGUUUUUGCAAACUGCUUUGUGUAAAUAGACACUUUAAAUGCAUUUUUUUUAAACUACAUUUAAGAGUUGACAACAUACAACAGUUUAUGUACACUGAACCAACAAAUAUAUAAAUGCAACAUGUAAAGUGUUGAAUAAAUUAAAUAAAAGAUCCCAGACAUUUUCCAUA